GUCAUGAGAGCAAAUCAAUUGCACAAACAAUAUUAUUCUGACUGAUCACCUUUAUCUUAUCCUAUAUGUAUGAUGCAGCAUUUCUAUCCUGAUGGGUGGGGUCUCUUGCAAGAUGACUCCGCCCCACCCACAGACCAUGAGGGCUCACUGUAUUGCUUAAAAGUGAUGUAAAUAAAUUUUAAAAUUUUGUAAUUUGAUGUUCCCUUCAGUGCAGGUCUAGAGACUUAGUUAAAAGAGACAAGGCUCAUCCCAACUCUCAACACUUUAUACUGGAUUCUCCUUUAACUUGUCUCUAACCCUGUCUCGAACCAUGCUGUCCAAAAGGCUCAGCGAAAUUAAGAGGCCAUGUCAGUGCAAUGUUAAAAACAGCUAGAUGUAAAGCCGUCCUCUCAGCAGUCACUCAGCAGAAUCAUACUGCCACUCCAACACAGCUAUCGAUCUAAGGCUUAGUCUGUCUAUUGGACUGUCAUUAUUUCAAUCAGGGUUCUGGCAUCAUGUUUAAGACAGCUGAUGAUACAGCAUAUGACUGUGCACUUGUGCCAGUGGAGCAGCCUUCUGCCAGGUAGUGGAAUUCCUCAGAGAGGUACACUGAAUUGUGGGAGGAUUUUUUUUAACCUAACAAAAAAACUCAUUUUUUUAAUAUAUAUUCUGUAAUUAUUUAUCCAUAGCAAUGCACUUUUAGUAAAAUUUUCUUAAAAGUUGCUUAGAAAGUUGAAAGGGAACACUCUUUUGUAGGGUGUUGAAAUUAUUAUUUUUUCUUUUUUGCCUGUAUGAGACUUGUAAAUUAUAAUAUAUUCUAACAAGAUGUCAAAUGCAGUAACUAAUAAAGAUGACUUCAUGAGUAAAUGAUGCAAUUUUGCCACUGAACGAGAGAUGCUGCACUGACGUCACGGCAUACCGAGUGGCGCGCGCGUUUGGUACAGCAUCACCCUGCAUCCUUACAAUCUAAACCCUACGCUUUGUAUUGGCUUUUAUUUCUGGAAGAGACGUCACGCAUGCUUAUCAUGCCAUAUGCUAUCAUUGCGGGAAAUAAAAGAGCUUAAGCUUCCAUAACCUGUCUAAACUUCCUCCAAAAAGGCAACGGGGGGAAAAGUGUCAGACGGCAGUGUGAGGGCCAUAGCUCUGCGGUGACAAGUGACCUGUUUUUACACCUUCCUUCUAAAUAAGGAAGCGGCCUGGUCAGCCAUAUGACCGGCGUCCCAAAUUGGGACGCUUGUAGUCCCAUCCAGUGCAGCAGCUAGUGCCUGAGCGCGCAUCACAACUUUCCCUGUGCUCCUCCCCCACCACCUCCUCCUCCCGAUCGCGCGGGACAGUGCGUGAAGACAAAGUGAUGUCGCACGUCAGGAUGCUGGGGGCCUGGCAAGGUGUGAUAGGUGUUCGGUGAGUGUGGGGCCACACACACACACACACACACGCACACACUGAGCGGUCCGGCGUUGCCCCUAAAAGCAAAGAGGCGAAACAUGCUAAUCACUACUAUCAGCACCAGCACAGCCACCGCACGUCGCAGCGCGCUCUUACUUCGUCCCCCACUGACUCCGCGCUCGCGCUUCGCUCCUGAAACCCAGCUCCGUGACGCUAAAAUAAGCUCGUGCAGCCAUGCCGAAGGCAGGAAAACAGGAGGAGCGGUAUUUUUAGGUCCGUGCGCUUCGCACCACGUGCCCCCGAGGUAAACUGGAUGGCCAUUGCGCGAAGGUCGCUCGUCAGUAUGGUCCGCGAGGCCAGCGCGCGCUGGCCGCUCGCCGCUGUGCUCUUCCUGGGCUUGCUGACCGGGAUCGGGCCGCCCAGCGCCAGCGCUACCAACGGGACUUGGCCCGAGCGCCGCUGGGAAAGCCUGCUGUCGCGCUCUGUGCUGGCCAUCUCGGGCGAAAGGGCGGACACGAGCUGGGAGAACGACUAUUUGCUGGGCAUCAAGCGCGUGCGACGGCUCUACUGCAACGUGGGCAUCGGGUUUCACCUGCAGGUCCUCCCAGAUGGCCGGAUCAACGGUGUGCACGACGAGAACCAGUACAGUCUGAUAGAGAUUUCCGCGGUGGAGCGCGGGGUGGUGAGUCUGUACGGCGUGAAGAGCGAGCUGUUCGUCGCCAUGAACAGCAGGGGAAGAUUGUACGGAGCGCCCACCUUUAAACACGAGUGCAAGUUCAAGGAGACCUUGCUGCCAAAUAACUAUAAUGCCUACGAGUCUUCCGUUUACAAGGGAUUCUAUAUCGCUCUCAGCAAACACGGCAGAGUGAAGAGAGGCAACAAGGCCAGCACCUCCAUGACGGUCACUCACUUCCUCCCUCGAAUAUGAGCGAGACUGGCACGAGCGCUCUCGUUUUGCACAUGCGGUUUGCUCUCCGUACACGGGAGACUCGAAAACGAUGAAUACGUACCCACCAAAAAGAGACUGCAAGAAUAACUACUCCGAUUAAUAUUUAUUAUUCUGACAUGAUAUAUGUAUAUUUGGAUAGCCAAAGUUUUUUUUUUUGGUUUGAUUUUUAUGUAUAUGCCAUUUUUGCUGCUUCUUCGUUGUUUUUUUUUUACAUUGCGGCUUGUGGAUUUGGAGAUGCCAGUCUCCUCACCUUACUCGGGUGCUUUAACAGGACAUAAGGAAAUACCGGAACAGAGACGGAAGAUGUCCUCUUCGGCUUGAUACAGCAAUUUUUUUUUUUAAAUUACCUCAGAGCCGCUUAUGGGUUAAAGGGAUUCACAGGAGUUAUGCAGAAAAUUCUAAUUUUUUUGUCUAUGCCAAAGCAAGCUUGAUAGUUUCAUUUGUGCUGUCAGGUUAUCUAUAUACUAACAUAUCUAGAUUUUUUUAAAUUUAUUAUUAUUAUUAUUAUUAUUAUUAUUAUUAUUAUUAUUAUUUGGUUUUGUUUAUUUAUUUAUUUUCCUCUAGUUCUCCUGCCAUGGAAAUGUGAGAGCACUUAAAGCAACACGGAUCCCUUUUUUGCUGCAUGAUGAGCUGAGGUGCCUUGGCAUUCCUCCACGCCGCCCCUUUAACAUGCAUUCUCCGAACGCCCCAGGGAGUCAGAAAUAGGGCUGACAUGUUAGCCAGGGCUCUGGAGGGACUCUCCCGCUGAG